UUAGCAGUUUAGAUUUACUAAAAUAAUUGCAUUUCCAUAUUCUGCGUACUGUGGGAGACCAGAUAGUGAAUGCAGGGUGCGGGGAGACCAGAUAUAGUGAAUGCAGGGUGCGGGGAGACCAGAUAUAGUGAAUGCAGGGUGCGGGGAGACCAGAUAUAGUGAAUGCAGGGGUCUGGGGAGAGCAGAUAUAGUGAAUGCAGGGUCCGGGGAGACCAGAUAUAGUGAAUGCAGGGUCCGGGGAGACCAGAUAUAGUGAAUGCAGGGUCCGGGGAGAGCAGAUAUAGUGAAUGCAGGGUCCGGGGAGACCAGAUAUAGUGAAUGCAGGGUCCGG